UAUAUGUUUUCGUUAUUUUAACAGGGUUCUUUGAUAAGUCUUUGUGAUGAUAAUUCUCUUCAUUUAUGGGAAUUAAAUUUAAAAGAUGGAAAAUGGAUAAUGGAAGAAGUGAAAUCAUGUUCACUAGAAGGAAGAUUUAAAAAGAUUUCAUCUUGUUGCCUUCAGUCAAGUGGAGAACAUUUGUUGAUAGGUACUGAAGGAGGAAACAUAUAUCUUUUGGAUGUGAAAUCAUUUGAAAUGACAGACCAUAUUAUUUAUCAAGAUGUUGUAAUGCAAAAUGUCCCUGAUGAUUAUAAAAUAAACCCAGGAGCAGUUGAAGCAAUUGCUGAGCAUCCAACAAAUGCAGAUAAAAUUUUAAUAGGUUAUAACAGAGGUCUUAUGGUUCUCUGGGAUAACAAAGCUUUAAAUGCCGAAAACACUUAUGUUGGUAGUCAGCAACUUGAGUCCAUUGCUUGGCAUCACGAUGGAACUCAGUUCAUGAGUGCUCACAAUGAUGGCAGCUAUAUAAUAUGGAAUAAAUCUGAUUCAACUAAACCUUCUCAAGCACCUCAUACGCCUUAUGGUCCUUUCCCUUGUAAAGCUAUUAAUAAAAUUGUAUGGAAGACAGCAAAGGCUGAAGAUGAUUAUAUAAUAUUUUCUGGUGGCAUGCCUCGUGCUACUUUUGGUGAAAGAAAUACAGUUACUGUUAUGCAUGGAGAUCGUCAUCAAGUGCUAGAUUUCACUUCAAAAGUCAUUGAUUUUUUUACCAUAUCUAAUAUGGGUGAAAAUUCAGAAUUUGACAAUCCACAUUCUUUAAUUGUUCUUGCUGAAGAAGAAUUAAUUGCUGUUGACUUAGAAUCAGAAGAUUGGUUGCCAUUUAGAUUACCAUACUUAUCAAGUUUGCAUUCUUCAGCUAUCACAUGUUGUCAACAUUGUACUAAUAUUGGUCAAGAUGUUUGGAACAAAAUUGUUACAGCAGGAAAUAAACAAGUUUCUGGGAAAUACACAGAAAGGAUUUGGCCAAUUGAUGGAGGAAAAGACUUGAUUGAAAAGUCUUCAACAUUUGAUAUACUUCUGACUGGACAUGAAGAUGGAUCAGUAAGAUUUUGGGAUGCAUCUGGAAUAUCUUUAUAUCAUUUAUAUACUCUGCAGACUUCUUACCUGUUUGUUAGUGAGGAACAUGAACAAAAUGCUUCUGAAGAGAUGGAAGAAUGGCCGCCAUUUCGUAAAAUUGGAACUUUUGAUCCAUACAGUGAUGACCCACGUUUAGCUAUUAAAAAAAUUAAUUUGUGUACUUUAAGUGGCAUUCUAGUUAUUGCAGGCACUGCUGGACAAGUAAUUAUUUUAGAAUUACAGAGUGAAGAAGUAGAAAAAGAAAUAACGUAUGCACCAGCAAAUAUUGUAGGAGAUCGAGAUAAUUUUGUAUGGAAAGGACAUAGUCAAUUGAACAGAAAAACAGGUGCUCAAAAAUUAGAAAAUGGUUAUCAACCAAAAGUGAUAUUGCAGCUAUCACCACCUGCAGCAGUUACUGCUCUUGCUCUUCAUUCUGAUUGGUCAUUAGUGGCAGCUGGAACAGCACAUGGAUUUACUUUAUAUGAUUAUAUUCAAGACAAAGUUGUGAUGUCAAAGUGUACUUUAAAUCCAAAUGAUUUGUCAGCAACUGGAGAUGCAGCUAUGUCAAGGAGAAAAUCUUUUAAGAAAUCACUGAGAGAGUCAUUUCGCAGACUACGUAAAAGACGUUCUCAGCGUAGUAAAGGAGAUAAAACUCCAACAAGACCAUCUAACGAAGAAGGAAAACAAAGCCCUCAACAAUCACCUGUGACAGAUUUAGAUGCCCCAUCAGGUGAUAGUCAUUCUCCAACUCAAGCUGCAAUUGCAACAGAUUCAAGACCUGUAGAAAGACAAGUUGAAGCACGUUCGGCCGAUGAUGCUUUAAGUUCCAUGGUUCGUUGCUUAUAUUUCGCAAAAAGCUUCAUUAUUAACAAUGUUGUAACCACACCAACUUUGUGGGCUGGAACUAAUGCUGGUGCAAUAUAUGUUUUUACUAUGUCUCUACCAAAUAAUGAAAAAAGAAGUUCUGAUGCUGUAACUUGUCAACUUGGAAAAGAAAUUCAGUUAAAGCAUAGAGCCCCUGUUAUAGCAAUACAGAUUGUAGAUCAUAAUGGUUACCCAUUACCUGAACCACUGGAAAUUGAAAAUCAGAGGGCUAAAGCACCAGAUUAUACUGGAAAUCAUAGGGUUCUUAUCUGUUCAGAAGAACAAUUUAAAGUUUUUACCUUGCCUAGUUUGAAGCCAUUUUGCAAAUUUAAACUGACCGCUCACGAGGGAGCUCGUGUUCGAAAAGUUGGAAUUGCUAAUUUCAGGAGUAAAAGUGAUGAAAACUAUUGUGAAUAUUGUCUCACGUGUCUUACCAAUCAAGGCAGCUUAAGUAUUUAUAGUAUUCCUGAACUUAGAAGGCAGCUCGUACAACUGUGCCUUAAACGUGAAGAUAUAAAUGGAAUUUCAAGUCUGGUAUUUUCAAAGACUGGUCAAGGCUUUUAUUUGCAUUCACCAUGUGAAUUUGAAAGAUUUUCUCUGUCUGCAAGCAAUAUUACUCAAGUUUUGUGUAGCAUAGAACUUCCUGAAGGAUGCCGUCCAAUAAUUGAAACAAAAGAAGAAGUAAAAGAGGAACCAAAAGAAGAACAGGAGAAUAAAGUUGAUGAACCAAAUGCAGAAGUAAUAGUUAAUGAAACUGCUGAAGUGACUGAAAUAGCAGAAACUACUGAGGAUGUACCUGCAGCUGAUUCUACUGGAGAGAAAACACAAACUUCUAAUGAUACUGCUGAAGAGGAACAUCAACCAGUUAAACAAGAUGGGAAUAUUUCUAAUAUUUCACAAGAUGAGGAGAGGAGAGACCUUGAUAUUACUAUAGAUAGUGUUAGGGAUCAUAUAGGGACAACAAAUUCAGAUGAGUCCACUACAGUCGUUGAAACUAGAGAAGAAUCAAAGGUUGUGAGAACACAAGAAACAGUUAGGAAAGUAACUUCCACAACUGUUACUAGGGAAACAAUAGUGAAUUCAACAGAAGAAAUCGAGCAACAGGCACCCGGUAGACAGUUACUGGACGAUCUUCCCUUCAUCACCGGCAUCGGUACCGCUAUCAUUUCGUCAACUAUGAUUCCGAAAUCGUCCGCCACAGAUGAGACUAAGAGGGCCCCGACCGCCCGCAUCGAAGAACUGAAUCACAUAGACGAAGACGAGGACGGGGGUGCGUGACGGACCCGCACCGCCGGAGACGACCAAAUUCAUGCCUUUUUUUAAUAAUCGCCGAAAGUCGGACGUUUCGCUGCCAACAAAUUUAUUUUAACAAAUAUGUCAUUAUGCUCAAAGGAAGGGGAAGAGAACGUUCGACAAACAAUUAUAUUGAUACUAUUUUGUAAUCGGUUUAAUCGUUCACGUGCUGCUAUAUUUUUUUUGUAGAAAUUUUUAUUCAUUGGCUUUAAUUACACAACUAUAUCGUUCCAUGUUUUUUUAUCAUCCGAAAAAUUUACAAUUUUUUUUCUUUUACUUGUGCUGGGAAAAAUUGUAAUUUUUAUAAUUGGCUAAUUUGUGACUGUGAUAGUUAAUCAUUUUUUAAUGUACCAUUACAAAUGAUUGGUGGUGGUUAAUUAUAGCUAUCUUGCCAUCAGUACAUUUUACUUUCAUUUUUUUAAUACUGUAUGGUAAAAAAACAACAGGUGUGUAUAAGAUUG